GACAGUUUCUGCAGAGAAACCAAACCAUACGAUCCUCCCGAAGACGUGCAGACUGUCAUCGAAGGUGUUUGUCGUGAAGUCAUCCCAAACGAAGUACGAUCGCAGAAGUGGUUCGAAGUCUCCCUAAAGGAUCCAAACGUGAAGUUUAAGGUUUUGAGCAAAUGUGCGGAAGUAUUGGACUAUUCAGUGCCCAACUCUUUGCUGUACUUAAUGCAUACGGUCGCCGAUGCCGUCAAGUUUUACUCGACACCAAUCCGUGGCAUCACUUCAUACGACCAAUUGGUCCAAAAGAGCGACAAUUUGCCGCAAAAUCUUCACGUAAUCGCAGAUCCCAUUCGUUUCAACCCGGAAACAGACACAUUCUUCGGCGGCAUUAGUGCCUAUCCUUUCAAUGACCAGAGAGUCAAAGGCUUGAGGGCUAAGAGAAAGUAUCCCGAAAUUAAGGGUCACUUCAAGUGGCCGGACGUUUAGCGUGUGAUUUAUGAGUCAUUUUUAAUUUCAAGUCUGAACUCAAAUAUAUAACAUUUGUUUAAAUAAUGAAAACUAAGAAUUAGG